ACUUGAAAACGAGGAGACCGCGGGAGGACGGAAGCAUGGCCAGCCCCCACGAUCCCCUCAUGCAUAGCAUGGCCUCCUUGAGCCUGGAGCAUGGGCGACCCGGCGAGCAUACCGCUGACCAAGACGACGAUCUCCAGGAAGAUGUCCUUGGUGCGCCGGACGAGCCCGUGAUCUCAGACCUCGAGUCGAGCGACGUCGAGAGCGAGAGCGACGACGAGGACGACGAAGAGGACGACGAAGAGGAAGAAGAAGAGGAGCUUAGCUGGAUCUCGUGGUUCUGCUCGCUGCGCGGCAAUGAGUUCUUUUGCGAGGUCGACGAAGAUUACAUUAUCGACGACUUCAACAUGACCGGCCUCAGCAGCAUCGUGCCAUACUACGACUACGCGAUGGACAUGAUCCUCGACGUCGAGACGCCGCAUGAAGACAGUUUGACGGACAUCCAGCAGGAGAUGGUCGAGUCUGCGGCUGAAAUGCUCUACGGCCUCAUCCAUGCGCGCUUCAUUGUGACGACGCGGGGCAUGGCCGCGAUGCUCGAGAAGUACCAGAACGUCGAAUUUGGCCGAUGCCACCGCGUGCACUGUCAAGGCCAGCCUGUGCUGCCCGUUGGACAGUCGGAUGUGCCGCGCCACACGACCGUCAACAUCUUUUGCCCGCGCUGCCGGGACAUCUUCUUCCCCAAGUCGCAGCGCCAAGGCAACCAAGACGGCUCGUACUUCGGCACGACGUUCCCCCACCUCUUCCUCCUCGCGCACCCGUCGAUCGUGCCGUCGCCGCCGUCGCAGGCGUACGUGCCCCGCAUCUUUGGCUACAAAAUACAUCACACGAGCGAAUACUACCUCGGGAAGCGGGAAAAGGAGAACGAUAGAAACGGCCAUCGCCGCGGCCGGCGAAAGCAGAUCCAGGACAAGGCGGUGUAGACGCAGUUGUGCGAGUACACGACGAAUACCGCUACAACCCCUGUCGCCCCACCCACACGCUACCCAAUAUGAUGAUUACGUUUUCCCU